AUGUUUUUUACUAAAAUACCAGAAAACGAAAACAUCAAAGACUACUAUGAAAUAAAAGUCGAUGGUAAAAUAUUUUAUGGCCCAAGACAGCAGAGUAGUGAAAAGAAUGCUGGUGUCAAAAGAAGGUACAGUGAUCAGUUUAAAGAUCCGCUCUUUACUGCCAAGGACACUUAUAGAAAGUUGAAUAUGAUAAAACAGUUCAAAAUAAAAUACAAAGACAUAGGGUUAAUUACAAAAAGAUAUAUUGAUUGUAUUGAAAACUGCAUUUGUAUUUUAGAAAAAGAGUUUUCCAUUGUGCCAAGAACGGUGUUCCAGUCAUUUGAUUUGAAACAGCUAGGGAUUAACCCUGAUGAUUUUGGAGUGGAGAAAGAGGAGUGUGCCUCAGAGUCAGAAUAA